CUUCAGCGCUCUGGCAGGUAUGAUUGAGAAGACACACUCCUUUGGAUACAGCCCAAGACUCUCCGCAUCUUGACUCACACAAGGCUUCGGACUUUACGCAAAGAGCUCUCCGAGGUUUAUUGCUGGACAGAUUCUACAGAGCAGCACACUAACCAUGAAGCUGGAGGUGCUGUGUGGUAGUCACUAUGACAUGAAGCAUUUCGAGAUGUCCAGUGAUGCUGAGGGUCAUGAGCGAUCUCCUUUCCCUCCUGAAGAGGAGCUGGGGUCGGAUGGGGACUGCGUGGCCCACAGUCCUCCACCUGUUACCCCGUGCGGCGGCAGCGGCAAGUCCAAGCCGUACACACGGAGACCCAAACCCCCGUUUUCAUACAUCGCUCUAAUCGCUAUGGCCAUCCGGGACUCACCCAGUGGACGUCUGACUUUGGCGGAGAUAAACGACUAUCUGAUGAAAAAGUUUCCGUUCUUCAGAGGCACUUACACCGGCUGGAGGAACUCGGUUCGUCAUAAUCUGUCUCUUAAUGAUUGUUUUCUCAAAGUGCUCCGGGACCCUUCCAGGCCCUGGGGAAAGGACAAUUACUGGAUGCUCAAUCCUCACAGCGAAUACACAUUUGCUGACGGGGUGUUCCGGCGUAGAAGAAAGCGCAUUAACAAAAAAUUCAGCAGGGAACAAGAGGAGCCCGAGCACACAGAGGAGCCGCAGCGCAUUCACCAGUCUGCCCCGAGCACCAAGACUGAUUCCUGUCCCAAGUUUACCAGUUCAUUCGCUAUUGACAGCAUCCUCAGUAAGCCGUUCAAGAGAGACUUAAAAAACGAACAUUUGCCUCCCUUUCCUGCCUUCCCCUGGCCUUACUACUCUGAACUAAUGACUUAUCAUUCAAACACACCUGCCUCAUAUCUAUACGUAAAGUCACCCUGUCAUAUGGACUCCAGUGUCCAGCAUGUAUCAGCCCCCUAUGGUGGUGGGUUUCUUUCAUAGACAGUCUUGCAAUAUCACAAAGAAAUGUGGACUUGCUGUUCGGUGACUCCAAAUCAGCUUGAGCUAAUCGUGAAGACUGAGGAUGAAGACGGCCAAACACCAAAGACAGACAGAAACCACUUUCAUCUGUGUACUUGAUUUAAUCUGACAUAACUGUGGCGGGAUGGUGGUUCCCUUUUAUUUUUGUAGUUGUUUAUCCUUAAAGCGUUUUCAAACUUGAAAUUUCACACUCUGAAAUGUUACCGAGCAGAGCUUUAACUUUAUUUCUUUAACAAACCUGUUAAAAUAUGCACUUUGACUGUUUUUAUGUCUUUUUAUUUUGAGAAAUAUGAAAUUAAUAAUAAAAAAGUUGUGCUGA